ACCUGUGACUUUCGAUCUAACGGGAAGGCGGAAGAGAAGUCGCGACAUUAAGCUAAUUCUUUAUUAUGCGCUUAGAGCCAACGGUCUACUUUGUUACUUAUAAAUUAUAUCGUUUGUAUUAUUACUCAUUACUCCACCUUAUACACAUUUAAGACAGUAUUUGUGUAAAGUGUCCUUUAUUUUUUUCUGUUUUCGCAGUUAGCAAGCUAGCUAACGAGCUUUUUAUCUUUAAGUAGCACGAAGUUAGCUAACACCGAGGGGGUUUUCUUUACGCAGCAACCCUAAACAGAACUAGUUAUUGUGGUUUAAUUUUUAACAGAGCUUCUUGCUCACACUGACAGACAAUAUGAUAGAUAGUGAAGGCGAGCUGGAGGUUCUGCUGGACAUCUUUUCACCGUCACCGACUGUGCUUAAAGACCUGUUACCGGAAGACAUGAGCGGAGAAACGUUAGAGUUCACAGACGAUCAUGGAAACUCUGAGCUCAGAGAAGACGAGUCGUUGCUGCUGUUGGCUGAUGUUGCUGUGGCGCCAUCCUGUGGUAGGUUUGUGUCCUGCAGCUGCCCAGAGAUGACGAGCUUGCAGUCAAUCCAGCUGGAGCUUCAGUUUUUUUUAAGCAAAGCUGAUGACUUGCACGAUUGCCUCGUUAGUGGGAAGAGUCAUCUAGACAGAGAGCCUCUUGCUGCUGCAGUUUCCAGCCUGCUGUACACCUGUCAGCCUUAUUUUAACCACCUGGAAUCCACAGGUCGGAGCACCGUAUCACUGUGUGCCAAUAAGCAUGCAGACCUUUGUUCAAAGCUGUUGGACUUCUCUCAGCAGCUGUGUGACAGGUUGGAGCAGCUGUUAUUGACCUACGCCAGCUAUGAUCUCAUCAGUUUGGAUGAGGCCGAACCCAACAGCACAUCUCACUUCUGCAUUGGCCAGAUUCAGCUGGGCGGGAUGAAGCUGACCACCUUCCGUUACUGUAAGCCGACACCGUAUCUGUCCCAUGCCGACACAGGAGUGUACAAACGCAUGCGGUGGAACGUGGAGAGACUCCAAAAGGAGCAGCACAGAGGAGAUGACAGUGAGGAGGAAGAGGAAGAAAUCCAACCUGACUUCUACUUCCUGUGUUAUGAGGACAUCCCCAACACACAUGCUGACCCAGACACAGAGAACAAAGAUGUCUGUAAUGAAAAUGUGGUGAGGAUGUGGUCCAUCGGUCAGUGGGUGCAAGUGAAUCCUGAACCCACUACAGAGGAUAUAUACGAUUGGAUCUUGUGCGAGGUCCCUGAGGCCAGCUAUCACAGACUUUUGUUCCUGGGCCCUGACGAGCCGUCCAGCUGCAUAGCAACAGAUUAUCUGCAGCAGCUGCUGCUGUCGUGCCACACUGACUGAUCUGAGGGCCUGCAGGAGGAUAACACACGUUUUAGCCCACUUAUUACAGCAGUUGUUGCCAUGUAGAAAAACUGGACCAGUUGGAGUGUCAGGAUUAAGCUUUGAAUCUGUCAGGCUAAAUUUGAACCCACUGGUAAAUACAGUGAUGGCUAUAGGUUUACAUACAACCUGGUGAAUAGGGGUGACUAAAGCAGACUGAUAUCCAUUCCAAACCCAGUUUUGGAUCUUUUCCCUGCUGUAACACCCAGUUGUGUCUGAGUUUCUAUCAUCUUGCUGCCGUUUAGCAGUUAAGUUAAAGUUUUUUUUGAAGGUAGCUGUGUUCAUUAUUCUCUCCUCAUUGUGCAGUGCAUCAAUACCAAUGUUAACUGAAAGGUAACCCAGUAUGAGGCUAACACCACCAUGUAAGUUAGUCAGUGAUGUUCUUUGGUUUGGAAGCCUCACCUUCACUGCUCCAAACUUGCAUCCUUGUGCCCAAACAGCUCAAUCAUUGUCUGACCAUAAAACCUUUUGCCAAAAGGAACCGGGCCUCCAGGUGAGCAGUUGAAGGUGUCCGUUUUAAAACCGGGACUUCUUUCUUGGACACCCACUCAGUUCAUGUUGACGUUAAACUGGCUUAUCUGUGGCAAAUGCCGGCAUUCCAGCAACAUCUGGUUUAUAAAAGGCCCGAGCCUUGCUGGUCCUGGAUUGUUCCUGAAUAUUGUAACCAACAUCCUGUAAUCAGAAGAUGGCAGGUUGGUCACCUGAGUAAAAGAGAAUCCAUUUAAAUUCAAGCUUGUGGCCCAGACUCUUGUUUCUAAAAAUCAUAGCAGUUUUAUAAUCAUUCCAACAUGGAAAAGUUCGAUGCAGUGGAUGUAAGCUUCCCACUGCCACUCCAUGUUGUGACUGAGUUUUUAUGACAGUGUUGUACUGUUACUGUCUUACUGUGAAACGUCUUUGACAUUUGUCAAGUUUUUUCUGUAGAUUGUUUAUAGACGUUUUUAAGAGCAGUCUGGUGUAUAAAAGUCAAGGCAUGUUAUUAAAAGAAGUAUUUUAUUUACAUGAAA